AUGCCACCCACCGCCCAAGAAAAGUCCAACCUCCUGCACCCUCUCGUGCCUGAGUCCGUCCAGCACAACACCCGCACACUAUCACAGAUCCGAUCCCUGACCUCCCUCGUCCUGGGCGUCGCCGCCGGCAUCCUGGGCCUCGAGUCGCAAUGGGGGUUCCUCUUCUACUUUGUCUCCAACAUCUUCAUCUCCGGACUGAUACACUACUUGCUGGCGCACGGGCAGCCUGGUGAGUACUUUGCCGGUUCCGGGGUGAGCGAAGAUGGGAGAAGAGAUGGCAAGAUAGCGAGGGUGGGUGCGUGGCGGGACAUCUGGCUGGGGAGCGGGCUGUUUGAGGGGUUGAGUGGGUUUGUGCUUGGUUGGGCUGGGGUGGGAGGUGUUGUGCGAUGA